UUGAAGAUGAAGUACGAUUGGAAGCGACCUUUUGAUGAUGCUAAGCAUUAUCCACUGAUUUAUUCUGUUUUUGAGUCAAGUGAUGCACCUAAUGAAGUCAUUUCAAAUAACAUUUUUCGUAUCGAAGAUUUGAGUAUAGAACGGUUUCCGGAAGCAAUAGAUUUAUUGAAAACUCAGUUUCUCAUAGAAAAUGCAAUGAUGAGUUCCAAAAACGUCUUGGGGGAUAAAAUUUCUACUGCAGAAAUUGUGGAAUAUUGGCGAAGCAUUUUGGAUCAAAAAAUUUCAAAUGCAUGUCAUAAAGAUGGAUCAAAUGAAAUAAUUGGAUUAAUUUUAUUAAAUGUGACAACCGAAUCAGAGUAUGAUUUUAAACCUAACGGAGAGGCAUGGUCGGAAAUCAGAAGGGUAUCGAGGUUCAUUAAAGAUAUAUUCUAUAACCCAUUUGAAAAUUAUGGGGUCGAAAAGAUUAUAACGAGUGGAGGAUAUUAUGUAAAUCAAAAUUAUCAGCACUGCGGAAUAGAAUCUGAGCUAGUUAAGGCCAUUUCAGACGUAGGAAAGUUAUUUGAUAUACGUGUAUCGUCAGAAAUAUUUUCAUCAACAAUUUGGCAAGAAGCAGCAUCAAAAAAUGAGUAUGAUGAGAAAUUUUCUAUAAGUUUUAAAAAGUUACCAAAGUUGAUGGCUGAAGGUUACUUUCCAGGAAUUCAAGAAGAAAAUCUCAAAUUGUAUUGCAAAAAGUUUUAUUAACUUAAUUUCCU